AUGAAAAAUGCCGAGAAUAUUUUCGUUGAGCCCCGCAAAGACAGAGACGGUCGUUUUCCGAUCAGCGAAGAUGAUCUCUCAAAGACGCCGUACAACACUGUCGUCCGCUUCAAAGCCGACAGGGGAAUGUGCAGUGGAACGAUGAUUUCCGAGCGACACGUCCUCACCGCCGCCCACUGCAUUCACAAUGGUAGAGACUAUCUGUAUCCUGACGGUCGCCUAAGAAUCGGAAUUCACAAAAAAUCGCUGCCUUCAAGGCGAAAAUCAAAACGAAACUCAAAAAAUCGUCGCCGAUCUCGCCGAGCGGCUAGUUCGAGAAGCCGCAGAAAAACAAAGAAAUCCCGAAGAAAACGAAACAAGAAUUUUAAGAGAUCAAAAACUUCGAAUUUGCAAUCAAGGAAGAGUUUUAAAUGGGUGAAAUUGUCGCAGAUGCACUUGCCAAGUGGCUGGACAAAUCCGAAACCAGAUCGCCUCAAUUACGAGCACGACUAUGCCGUAAUUACGCUGGCCAAGCCGCUGGUAACUAGCUUCAUGAACAUAACUAUUGCACCUGAGAAGAUCCAUCCGUUUCAUAUCCGCUACCCGAAGGGUAUUCGACUUUUUAUGAACGCGUAUGAUAUCGAGCCAAGAGACAAAAUGGCAGUGAGAUGGUGCCCGCUCAUCGGAAGAACGAAUGAUUUGCUCUGGAGCGAGUGUGACAGCGACAAAGGAGGUGAUGGCGGUGGAAUCUACAUGAAGCACAAAAGCGCUUAUGGAAGUGGAACUCGAUACAAGAAAAGCAAAGUUAUCACCAGUCUGAUCGGCGUGAAUACCGGGUGGACUGACAUUCACGAAGACAGGCGACUUGGAGCAGCAGUAAGAAUUACACCACCUAAGUACGUGACGAUUUGCACGUGGAUCACUGAUGGCGACAUCGAAAAGUGCAAAAAGAUGAUGGAUGAGCAGCUUCACAGUCGCCCCUAUUACAAAGAUGAAAACUAA